CGCGACGAUGGUGUACGAGGUCCGGCUGAAGCUCGGGACGGACGAAGAGGGCGUGUUAUGGCCGCGCCGCCCGCAGGUCGGUCCGUCGGGUCUCCUCGGUUGCAUGCGCAACCUCCCUCUCCGGACAUACAAGGCCACCGAGACGUCGGACGCCGGCGCGAGCACGGGCUGGGCCCGCUUUCGCUGCGUCGCCUUCUCGGCCGGCGGCGACGUCUUUGCGGCCGUCGACGAGAAAGGCCGCGUCUUUGCCUUCUUUCCGACGCGCAACCGUUAUGCGCUCGUGUGCCACUUGGGCACGCCAGCGCUCGAAUGCGCCUUUAGCCCGCAGCAGCGCGCCGAGCUUCUCGUGACAUGCGAAGACUUGACCGUUCGCUGCGUGAACGUGCAGACAAAGGUGCUCGUGAGUACGCUACGUGGCCACCGACACGUGCCGACGUGUGUCUCGUUCCAGCGGCCGGGCCAGCUCGCGCUGACGGCGUCCGCCGACGCUGUGAUCCUCUGGGACAGCGCCGACUGGUCGCGCUAUCGGACGCUGAACGCCGGCCCUGGCGUCCAAGCCGCGCAGUUUGUAAGCAAUGGCGAGCUUGUCGCUGUGUGCUUCCGCGACGACUCGAUCUUGAUGUGGGAGCUGAGCACGCUGGCGCUCAAGUACCGCUUCUCGCUGCCCGAGUACGAGCAUCCGCCGGGCCUCACGCGCUUUAGCGUCUCGGACAACUGCCGCGCCAUCAUCGCGAGCGGCCACUCGCCCUUUAUUUACGUCUGGGAAUUUGAGUCCCAAACGCUCAUCCGCAUCAUCGAGCUGCCGGCGACCGUCCGGCGCGUCUUCCAGCACACAUUUGUGCCAUGUACGAGCACCAUCAUUAGCGUCCUCGGCGACGACGGCCAACUCAAUUUUCUCAACGUCUCGACGUCCACGCCCAAGGUGAGCCUCCAGGUCGCGCAUCGCGCCAAGGCCAUGACCCAUUUCGCCAUGGACGGGAAUGGCAAGUAUCUCGCGUGCUGCUCUAGCGACGGGUGUCUCCUCCUCUACGACCUUGACAUUGCGCGCGAGACCGCGUACGCCGUCCAGGGCAUCCGCGAGCGCGCCGAUGCCGACGACAACUACCUGCCAACGCGGUCGUCGAUCCCAACACCCCACUUGAUGGACUCGCUUUUCGGAGCACCCGUCAAAGCGUCGUACGACCCCGGUACAUCGACCGCACCGACACCGGCGACACCGGCGACUGCGACGACACCGACACCAACGACGCCGAAGACAACGGCGACGUCCAAGACACCGGUGACACCCAUCAUGUCGCGCACACCGACACCCCGGCCACCGUCGAUGAUGAUGCCGCCCAAGGACGUGGCGCUGCAGAAGCGCCGGCUCGCGCACCUGCUACGGUCCUACGAAAUGUACCCGGAGCGGUACCGCAUGCUCGCGUGGCGCUUCCUCCUCGAGCUGCCUGAGAACACGGACGCGUUCAGCCUUCUCUUGCAAAAAGGCGUGCACCCUUCGUGUCUGCAUCUCGCGCGGCAGUACCCGAUCCAGAACCAGCGGCUCUUUCGGCGGCUCCAGCGCGUGCUCUCGGCCGUUGCGCACUGGUGCCCUGCGUUCGGCGAGGUCGAGUACCUCCCCGCCUUUGUGUUUCCGUUCGUCAAGGUCUGCGAGAACAACGACGUGAUGGCGUUCGAGGUCGUUGUGUCGCUUCUACUGUUUGACGGCGUCGACUUUUUGCGCCGGUAUCCGUACCCGCCACUGCACUUGCUGCGCCUCGUGGAGAAGGAGCUCGAGCGGCGGGACCCGCAACUCUACUUGCAUUUUGUCUCGCACCAUAUUCAAGCUGACGUGUACGGCUGGUCGCUUGUCAACACGGCGUUUAGUACGGUCUUGCAGCGCCGCGACUGGCUCUAUCUGUGGGACCACCUCCUCACGCCGGGGUUUCAAGACGCUGGGCGGCUCUGGGCCGCCGUGCUCGCGUUCCUCCAACUCUCCCGCCACGUGCUCUUGGACUGCACCUCGUCGACGGCGAUUCUAGCGUACUUUGAGCAGCAGCAGACGCUCGAUAUGCGCCAGUUUGUCGACUGGAUGCGCCAGAUGAGCUUUCCGUUGCCACGUACUAAUGAAGAUGACAAAGCGUUCGUGCCGUUGCAGAAAGGAAGCUACCCCCGCUUCCAGCAUUACCCUCAUUUCGUCGUCGACUACCAGAUUCAGGAGCGCAACCGCAUUGCGCGGGAAGAAGACGACCUCGCGGCCAAGCAAGCACUCGUCGCGCAGCUCCAAGCACAAACGAAAGCACUGGACGAGGCCCAUCGCCGCUGGAUGGAAGAGAAGCAGCACUGGCUCGAGAGCGAGCAGAGCCGGCGGCUCGACGCGAUCGAGCGAGAGAAGCAGCGCAUCGUCGAGAUGAAGGUACUCGCAGCCAAGACACGCGAGCGUCGCCUGCAGCAGGAAUGCGAAGAAGCGCUCGAGCAAACGAGCAAGCUCGUCGCGGCCGAGCACGACCGGUACCGCGUCGAAAUGGACUUUGCCGCGCAAAAGCUGGCCGCGCACACGGCGCAGCAGCUCGACGACGAAGAAAUUUCGGCGCUCGAAGCCGCGGCGCGAGCGCGCGUGGCCCGCAUCGCUGACGAGCGGCUCUCGGAGGAGCGUCUCCAGCAGAUGCGCGUCGACUUUUUCGCGCAGUGUCGGCAGCAAGAGCUCGCCGACCAGAUCGUUUUCGACAGCUGGAAGCGCGAGGACCGAGACGCGGCUGCUGCGGACGAGACCAGCGUCACCCGCCGCUUUGAAGAGGCGCGCAAGAUGCAGGAAGACGCCCUCUUUGGCGAGUGGCAGCAGAAAAUGCAGCUGCAGCAGAUGGAGCGCGCGCGAACGAUGCAAGGACUUCAGCGCGCCCGCGACGGGCGACACCGAAAAGCGACAACAACCGCUGGUCUCGACAAAAGUCUCCCGCCCCUCGAGUCGCACGACGACGACGAUGGCUCGUUGCCCCUCUCGUCUCCGAGCCCUGUCGCGUCGGAUGACAGCGUUCGAUCACGGGCCCGCACCACAUCGCCACUAGUGUCGCCACCGGUGCCGCAGGCUGCGCAACAAUCAGCGCCGCCGGCAACAGAGCAACCCGUGCCGGCGGCUUCUGUCCGCGCGACUGCCGACGUUGCACCGCCAACGCCCGAGGUGCCUACAGUCGACGCACGCGGUGUCGACAGCAAGACGUCCGAGCGAGUCGAUUCGCGUUUGACGCCAGCGAUGAGUGCGAGCUCCUUGUCGUCGAUUUCGGCGUCAUCCGACCGCCAGAAGCAGCUCUUGCGCCGGGCGUUGGAGCAAGUGAGCAGCGACGAGGACGACGACGCGGCGGGUAUGUUGGACGUCCGUUCGACCUCCCGCCGCUGCAAAACCAUCGGCUCAGUGCGAUCGAGCACGACCUCAAGCCUCGAGCAGCGCCCGCUCUCCGACCUGGAGCGAGACCUCGAGGGCAUGUUCAGCGACGAUGAUGACGUUAACAGCAGCUCCCUCUCGCACCUCGAGUCACUGCUGCACUCGCCCACGCAUCGCCACAGCGUCUCGGCGCCCGUGACGCGCGCGCCGUCGCCGGACGAGCCGCCGUCCGCCCGCACCAAGCUACGCGACCUCCAAUCCAAGCUCACAUCCGAGGAGCUCCAGACGCAACGAAGCGUCGACGAAGGUCUUCUCGCGGUCGGGGAUCUCGCCGACCUCGUGCCAGUCAAGCCCACAGCGGUCGCGGUCGAGCCCUUUGAACGCGACGACGAGCAUGAGCGGCUCAUGGCCCGCGCGAAGGCGCUUCUGCGCGAACACCAGUUCCGAACCAACUAG